ACAUACCCGGGGAGGGCAGUAGAAAGGUGAUCAAUCUUCAUCAGGCUACAUUUCCAAUCACCUAAACAACCGAGCAAGACAAGCCACUCCGACAAGGUUGGCUGCCCGGCGGGUCUCGGUGAGGGAUCGAGGUAGAUGGUGAGCGGCCCCGGCAGCUGAGGGCAGGCCAGGCCCCCAGACGCAACAGAGCCUGAAGGACUGCGCGUGGGAGCCCUGCACCGCCCCUGGCCCCAGGCCCCCUGGAUCCGUCGGGGCGCCUCCACCCAGCUGUUAGCAUGAUGUCUUACCUCAAACAACCCCCAUACGGCAUGAACGGGCUGGGCCUGGCGGGGCCCGCCAUGGACCUCCUCCACCCCUCCGUGGGCUAUCCGGCCACCCCGCGGAAGCAGCGGCGGGAGCGCACCACCUUCACUCGCUCACAGCUGGACGUGCUUGAGGCGCUCUUUGCCAAGACUCGCUACCCUGACAUCUUCAUGCGCGAGGAGGUGGCGCUCAAGAUCAACCUGCCUGAGUCCAGAGUCCAGGUCUGGUUCAAGAACCGCCGCGCCAAAUGCCGCCAGCAGCAGCAGAGUGGGAGCGGAACCAAGACCCGCCCAGCCAAGAAGAAGUCGUCCCCAGUGCGGGAGAGCUCGGGCUCCGAAAGCAGCGGCCAAUUCACGCCGCCAGCGGUGUCCAGCUCUGCCUCGUCCUCUAGCUCGGCGUCCAGCUCCUCCGCCAACCCAGCGGCUGCAGCGGCUGCCGGCCUAGGCGGGAACCCGGCGGUGGCCGCCGCCUCGUCGCUGAGCACGCCGGCUGCCUCUUCCAUCUGGAGCCCGGCCUCCAUCUCGCCAGGCUCAGCGCCCGCGUCCGUGUCGGUGCCAGAGCCAUUGGCCGCGCCCAGCAACGCCUCCUGUAUGCAGCGCUCCGUAGCUGCAGGCGCCGCCACGGCAGCAGCCUCCUACCCCAUGUCCUACGGCCAGGGCGGCAGCUACGGCCAGGGCUACCCCACGCCCUCCUCUUCCUACUUUGGCGGCGUGGACUGCAGCUCAUACCUAGCGCCCAUGCACUCGCAUCACCACCCGCACCAGCUCAGCCCCAUGGCACCCUCCUCCAUGGCGGGCCACCACCACCACCACCCGCACGCGCACCACCCGUUGAGCCAGUCCUCAGGCCACCACCACCACCAUCACCACCACCACCACCAGGGCUACGGUGGCUCGGGGCUUGCCUUCAACUCUGCCGACUGCUUGGAUUACAAGGAGCCUGGCGCCACCGCUGCUUCCUCCGCCUGGAAACUCAACUUUAACUCGCCCGACUGUCUGGACUAUAAGGACCAAGCCUCUUGGCGGUUCCAGGUCUUGUGAACCCAGAAGUGAAAGAGGAGAAGAAACGCAACUACCUGCGCCCUCCGUGGUCCCCAUCCUGUUGCUGCUGCUGCACCGCCCGCCUUUGCUUCUCCAAAACUUAAUUCUCACGUCCCGAAAGAUGCCCAUUGCCUGCACUGCCGCCCCCACUUUUGUGCCACUUGCUUGGGGGAUUUGCAAACCCGCCUACCCCUUGAAGGGGGGGAGCGGUGCUUCGGCUUGGGGCACGCAUUCUACUCGGGAGAGCUGUGUGCUCUCCCCCUCAACUCCCACUGAACUCCCGUCAUCCCUUCUAGUCUUUCUGGACAGCUAAUAUGCACUUGCAGCCUUCGGAGGCUCUUCACUCUGACCCGCUGUUUGAGCCCAACACUUUAAUUUAUUCUUUCUGGACACUGGCGUCACCCACUGGCGUGUUUCUGCCCACUGGAGCACCCCCACACUACUCCAAAUCAAAACCACCACUGCGUGUUUCUCCCGCGCAGACUGCCGCCC